CGGGCGAUUCGAUAUGCACAUAUCUAACAUAAUUUAUUCAUUGUUUUGUAUAACACGUGUACAUAUUCGAGCAAUAAAUCACCUUCCAUUUGAAUCGUCACGGUAUUCCGGAUACUUCGUAAUUUUUCGAAUGAAAAAAAAAAAACAAUUGUCAGAAGUGGGAUUCGAACCCACGCCCACAGAAGUGGACUGCGACCUGAACGCAGCGCCUUAGACCGCUCGGCCAUCCUGACUUUGUUGGUGCUCAGGUGGUCGGGGCUCAGUCAGACGAGACUCGGACGAGUCGCGCGGUCGACUGACUCCAAGUAGAGUAACUUUCUAGGUGUUCGAUGAGUGUAACGAAGCGCGAAGAGCCUCGUCUAAAGCCGGGUACAGACUUGAGCACGGAUGCGAAUGGGGUAAGCCGAGGCCGCAUGAGCGUACAAGUGCAUACGUUGGUCCGAGGCGCGGCAAAUUGCCUCGGUCCGAGCGCUGUCGGUCGAUCAAAGAAAACGUAACGCUCAGUUUGGACGUGUCCAUGCGCGUAUUCGACGGUCAGUCGCGCACGAACAGAAGUGAAUAAACUCUCGUCAUAAUGGAAUGGGAUCAAGAGACAUGCAUACAACUUAUAAAUGAGUAUAGAAAAAAGGAAGUCCUGUGGAAUCCGCGAGAUCCUGCAUAUUAUAACAAAUUAAAGAAAGAAGAUGCUUGGAAAGAACUACGUGAAAAAUUUGGAAAAAGCAUUGAAGAAUUGAAAAAGAAGAUUGACAGUUUAAAAGGUUCAUACAGACGAGAGAAGACGCGAGCCAAAACAAGUAUGGGAACAGGAAAAGGACGACAUGAGAUGUAUAAAUCAAAAUGGUUCGCUUAUGAAAGUCUACAAUUUUUGGAAGAUAAAGACGAGCCUCGCAGGACUCCAAGUAAUUUGCAAACUGUGUCUGACGACGAAAAAGGCGACAAUGAAGCACAGGAUGAGACCGAAGAAAGAGGUAAAGAAAAAGAGCAAGAAAAUGAGCAAAUCAACGAAGAAUUAGUCAAUCCACAAGCAAUUAUAUAUCAUUUAACAAAUAAAACUCAGAAUAAAGAGUUCAAGUUUCCGAAAAAACGUUCAGUUAAACAAAAACAGGCUAACGAAGAUCCAAGAAUUGCGGAAGCGUUUGGAUAUCUUCGACAAACAGCUUUACAACAGCGAAAAGAUCAAUGUAGUCUUUUCGGCGACUACAUUGCAGAUAAAUUACGUUCAUUCGAUAAUCAUCUUCGUGCAGUUGCACAACAUAGAAUUAGCAACCUCUUAUUCGAAUUAGAAAUGCAUCUAUAUGAAAAUUCUAGCACUCAAUCAAGUACACAAUCUUUUUCCGUCUAUAACAAUUUUUAUCCGCCUAAAACUGAACAGUCAUCCACUCCAGUUAGUAAUAUUAGCUCGCCUUCUCCAUCCCCUCAAAGACACGAAUCACCUUUAUCCAACUCCUUGCAAUACUUUUCUGAUUCUACCAAUGAUUCCCAACGUACAGAAUAAAACAUUAUAAAAAAAUAUAUUACAUAUUACGUAUUUUUUUUACAGUACAAUUCUGCGUUAUUAAAUAUGUAUUGCUUUAAAAGUAAGUGUUACUAAUAAAAAGUAUAAUAAAUUAAUAUAUUUAA